AUGACCCAGGAGGGGCAGGCUCUGCCCUCUCCCACCCCACCUGAGAGCCCCUUAGAUUCGGACACUGGCACCACAGAGCUCCCAAGCACACAGACUGAAGCAGCAGAGCCGGACGGAGCCGAACCCAGGGAGGAGGAGAGGGAGGAGAGCAGAGGGGGAGGACCAGAGACCACAGACACAAGAGAUGUACAUUCAACUGACCAGCAGCAGAGGGAGGAGAUGGCCCCAACAGAAGAGCCAGUCCUGACGCAGCACGACACCAGGCUGGCCAACGGUAUCGGGGAGGACGAGGACGACGCCGGCGAGGACCCGGCUGCCGCGGAGCAGAGGGGGAGCUUAGACUCUUUCAGCUCCAACUUUGAGUCCACAGUGGAACAGGCCGACACCGAAGUGGAAGAUGAGGAGGAGGAGGAGGGAGAGGAGGUGGUCCCAGAGGAGCAGGGAAACCAGGACACCUUCAGCUCUGCCUUUGAACAGAUCGUGGAGCAGGUGGAGGCUCGAGCGGAGGAUGAAGAGGAGGAAGAGGAGGGGGAGAUCCGAGUGGACAUUCUGAAGGACGGCUUCAGCUCCACGUUCGAGCGGAUCAUGGAGUCUGCCCUCCUGCGCGGCGGCACGUGCUACAGCAGCCUGGACUCUCUGGACGGACUGUCUCUCACCGACGAGAGCGACAGCUGCGUGAGCUUCGACGCGCCUCUCACUCCGCUCAUCCAGCAGAGGGCGCUGAUGCAGUGUCCCGAGCCACUGGAACUGGAGCUGGCCACGGUGCAGGAGGGGCUGGAGACCGGGGCCGAGGGGGCAGAGGCGCCAGCCAGAGGGUCCCCGCUGAGGAACACCAUUCCAGGAAGCAGGUCCGAGUUUGUCCUGAGCCAGCCGGGGAAAUGGGCCAUCGCUAACGGUUACCACGCUGAGGGACGGGGGGCCACGCUGGGACCACUGCACAACUCCGUCAGCGAUGCCAGCCUGUCCGAUGUGCUGUCCGACCCGGAGGACGGCGAUCUGGGCAGCGUGGAGCGGCUGGAGCGCGGCAGCACCGACACUUUGGCCAACGGUUGCCGCGUCGACACAGAGGCGGCCAAACGCCUCGCCAAGCGCCUGUACCACCUGGAGGGCUUCAAACGCUGCGACGUGGCACGGCACCUGGGCAAGAAUAACGACUUCAGUCAGCUGGUGGCGUCAGAGUACCUGAGCUUCUUUGACUUCACGGGUCUCUCUCUGGACCGGGCCCUGAGGAACUUCCUGAAGGCCUUUCCUCUGAUGGGGGAGACUCAGGAGCGAGAGCGUGUCUUGGUCCAUUUCUCCCAACGCUUCUGUCAGUGCAACCCGCAGACACCCUCCUCACAAGACGGAGCCCACACUCUGACCUGUGCACUCAUGCUGCUCAACACAGACCUCCACGGACACAAUAUCGGUAAGAAGAUGUCGUGUCAGCAGUUUAUCGGUAAUCUGGAAGGGCUCAACCACGGCCAGGACUUCCCCAAAGAGUUAUUAAAGAUCUUGUAUAAUUCGAUAAAGAAUGAAAAGCUGGAGUGGGCCGUAGAGGAGGAGGAGCUGCGGAAGAGCCUGUCGGAGCUGGUGGAGGAGCACUGCGAGGGCGGCAGUAAACGCGUGGCUCGCAUCUCCGACGGAUGUAACCCGUUCAUCGGAAUCCCCAUCCUCCUCAACGCCGUCACCUACAAACACGGCGUCCUGACCCGGAAGAGCCACGCCGACAUGGACGGCAAGCGCACCCCCAGAGGUCGUCGUGGAUGGAAGAAGUUCUACGCUGUUCUUAAAGGGAUGAUCCUCUAUCUGCAGAAGGACGAGUACAAACCGGACGCUGACAUUUCCGAGGUGGACUUGAAGAACGCCGUGCGGAUCCAUCACGCUUUGGCGACUCCAGCCUCAGACUACAGCAAGAAACCCAACGUCCUGAAACUCAAGACCUCGGACUGGAGAGUGUUCCUGCUGCAGGCGCCGAGCGAGGAGGAGAUGAUGUCGUGGAUAUUCAGGAUAAACCUGGUGGGGGCGCUGUUCUCUGCUCCUGCGUUUCCUGCAGCGAUCGGAUCCAUGAAGAAAUUCUGUCGACCAAUCCUGCCCUCGUCCUCCACACGACUCACACAGGAGGACCAGCUGAAAAGUCACGAAACCAAACUGAAGCAGAUGAGUUUGGAGCUGGAGGAGCAUCGCAAGAACCCCCCGAGCGCGGACCCCAAGAGCCGGGACUGGGAGGAGCACCGCCUGAAGGAGCACUACCUCACCUACGAGAAAAGCCGUUACGAGACCUACAUCAGCCUCCUGCAGGCCAAGCUCCACGCCGAGACCGACGACUUGGAGAAGAUCGAGGCCGGGAUCAUGGGCAGUUUCCUGUUUGAAGGUCGGGAAUGCCAGCUCCGAAAAACUCAAUCUUCCCCUUCCAUUAGCCAAGCUCAGGGCGGGCAGAACGGGAAGCCCCCCACGUACCCUACUGCCCCGGGACACAGGAGCUGA